ACUUCCGGCGACGCCUUGGCAGUGACAGCCUGUGAGCUCAGCCGACGCAGCAAAGCCCAACCGACUCUGCAGAGGAGAGGGAACCCAGCGACCCGCUGCAGAGCCAGGCCUCACUGCCACGAGCCCAGCGGAGCCCACCAGAGCGAGUGCAGCGCCAUGGACCGCCGGGUGAAGAUUACAAGGGCUUUACUGGCCUGGCCCGACCUUCCUCGCAAGCGUAAUACUAACCCCAUCCCGUUUCCUGAGCUGUAUGAUGGCGACACUGACCGCCUCCCGGAGUUCAUCGUGCAGACCGCCGCCUACAUGUUGGUGGACGACAAGAUCUUCGACUGCGAUGAGUACAAGGUGACCUUCCUCAUCACCCGCCUCACGGGCCCGGCCCUGGAGUGGGCGAUCCGCUACGUCGAGAGGGACAGCCCCCUGCUCAGCGAUUACAGGGGCUUCCUGGCCGAGAUGAAGCAGGUGUUCGGGUGGGUGGAGGAUGAGGAUUUCUAGGCUGCCAGCUCUCCUCCUGGCCUGGGGCGGGGGCUCCGGGAGGGUGGGCUGUGCCAGGGUAGCCUGGCCCUGGGAGCCCUCCCACUGCGCCUCCCUCCUGCCUGAGUCCCCAAGAGCUCGAAUGCGCUCCCCUGUUCCUCCUGUGUCGUCCUUGCCUUUGUUCCAAGCAUAGCUCCCCAGGAUCCCGCUGCUGUCCCUGUCGGGCCUGGCUCUGGAGAGCACCAGGCCUCCCUGUGCUGACAGCGAAGCCCCUCCCACGCACGAUUGGACUCUCUCCUGGUCUCCAGCUGCAAGAUGGACUCCUGUCACAUAAUGGACAGAUCAUCCGCCCCCGGACGCCAUCCACUGCCUCGUGCCCUGCUGCUGCCAUUUCAAGCCCUGCCCCACCAUCUGUGGAAGGACUGCUGCCCUUUACUGAUCUGGACUCACCUGGGAGGUACCUGAGCUGCCCUCAGCCCGUGGACAUUGCUUGAUUCACCUGCAGUGGGCCCCAUUCCCUCCCUGCUCCCAGAGACCUCUUGUCUCUCCUGUUGUCACAUGGACCAGUUCGUUUCCCCGAGAAUCCAGGUUUUUUUCUUUCUGAUUUUGCAGCCGUUUCUCUGGUGUGUGUGCCUUUGUUCCACACAGUAACCCCUGUGCUCUUUCCAGAUUGUCUGCUGUGCUUGUGCAAAAGCCUCCUCCUUACUUUCAAUAAAUGUCAGAUGCUAUUUAAAAACAAA